AUGUCACAUUUGUAUCGACGUGAUGAUAAACAUGUUAAAAAAGAAAGUUUAAAACUAAUUAGUAAAGAUGUAACAUUAUUAAAUGACUGUGUUGGUGAUGACGUUGAACAAAAAGAUUCUAUUAAAGGUAAACAAAGAAGUAAAAUAGAAACUGACACAGAUGCUGUCGAUAAAUUUCAAGCUAGUCUAUAUAUUAAUGAUACAUUUGAGGCAGCUCAUUAUGCACAUAGUUCAAUUAUUGGAGUUAAACUUGAUCAACAUACAGCUGGUUAUUUAAUGAAAAAAAGAACUUGA